UAGUUUUUCGCUCGCCCCCUUAAGGCGCACGUGGAGGGAGCAGCAAGCAGUAGCGACCGUGUCAAUUUUUGAGUAGAGAGUUUGUAUUUUCUCUCCCCAUACCCUGAACCGCAAAUUUCGGAAGCACGUCAACCACCCCGGACUCGCAUUAAUUCCUUCAGGCGUUUGCAAGCGGCGUUAUAAUGACGCUUUUUGCGAUAGCCGUGCCAAUGAUGGGAUCGGCUACACGGCUGUUCGUUGCCUUUUAUUCGUCCGCUUCGGGACCAUUCGCUGGGCUCGUACUCCUUGCCAUCUCGUCUCCGUGGGUCAAAGCAAAGGCAGCAGCAUGGGCAAGCCUGCUGGUGUGCGGCCUGCAGAUAUGGCACGCCAUUGGCAGGAGCCUGUCAGGCAUCUCUUCGCCACCAAUCCUAUAUGGAACGCUGGAUCGUUGCCCAUUUCCCACAAAUUCCACUAACGGAACCUACCAGCUCGCUUCGACAAACGCGUUGUCAUAUGAAAGGUCAAAUGUUUUCCCACUGUAUCAGCUUUCGUCCUUUCCGAUUUCCUUUGUCGGAGCUCUGUUAACAAUGCUGCUCGGCACCAUCUUCAGCAUUGCGAAAGGGAAAGACACUGAACUACAAAAAAAUAUCCACCUCACUUCCCCAGUAUUUUUGAAGAUAUGGUGCCGCUUUAAAUGUAUACGGCGCGCGCUGAAUCUGGACCAAAAUGUUCCGAUGACAGGCGUCUUCAGCUCAUGUGAUCAAGAUGAAGACGAUUGUGUAGAGUUUGAAACCGAACUUCUCAAAAUAGAGGAAAGGAGAACAACAGAAAAAAGUUAAACAUACAGAUUAAACAGCGUGAAAGCCACGAUUCUCUUCUCGUACAGAACUAAGACAACUUUGUUUACAACAUGUGUACUCAGCGUCGCUGCUGUUGUACUUUGCUGAGCAAGGCCAAGGAACAGAGGCCAAAGGCACAAAGUUUUCAAUCAUAGGACUACUUUGCCAUUGGUGUGCCGCCUUUGCUAGCGAUACGUCCCGCAUUAGCAUUGGCUGAAACUUUCACCCAUGAAAAUUUUAGUGUAAUCGCUUUUUUGAGAACAAGGGCAG